CUUUAUGCUAUCUUUGACCUUGCCGGUGGCUAAUAAAAAAUAAAUAUAGACACAUUACAGUGGACGCUAACAGCAAACCGUGCAAGAUGGACACGCUACAUUCUGCAUAUUUAUCAGCGAAGCCAAUUUUAGUGCCACAUUAUAUCACAAACAUUAUAUUAAGCAUUUCUUAUAUAUUACUUAAGACUCUUCCUCCUGUAUGCGAAUUGCUAUUUGACGAUUGCAAUUUAGAUUUGAAAGAAUGGGAGAUGUUGACAUUCCUAGGUUGUAUUAUUGUAAUGAAAAACAGAAAACAAGCUGCAGCAAGACAGUACAUCAGCACUGUGUGCUUAUUUGCUAAAGUAUUAGCUGGUUAUAUGUUCUUCAAGACUAACUCGGCCUAUGGUAUCAUAUUUGCAGUUUUUUGUUUAGUGCAGAUGAUUUUCUUCCCAGAACCUGUGUACAGAGGACCUGAACAGAUAACAUACUUCAGAGGACCUCAUCUUGAG